AUGUGGGCUCUCACCGGGAGGCUGGCAGCCAGAGGGGCGUCCCUCUCACCAUUGAGUUUUGUGGAGAUCCGACACCUCCCGUCUGAUCCAGGAGUCGGCAGGGCCGCUUGGGGAGCUGCCCAGGACACUGGAGAGCGGCCCCUUGAACCCAGCGUCACCAUGAGCCCUGUCACCUCGAGCUGGCUGCUGGCGGGUGCGAUCCUGGUCCUGGUGCUGGGGGACGCCACAGACGCCUGCAGCUGCACCCCCCAGCACCCCCAGACGGCGUUCUGCCAGGCUGACGUCGUGAUUCGGGGCAAGUUCAUGGGGGUCACUCCGCUGAGCCCCACCAGCAGCAGCACCCAGGAGUUCGAGUCCUGGAUUCGCUACGAGAUCAACAUCACCAAGACCUACAAGGGGCUCGAGUCAUGGGGGGAUGUGCUCUUCAUAGACUCCUGGGACCAGGAGCACUUCUGUGGGUACCAGCACCCGGCGCCCCUGAACGGGGAGGAGGAGUAUCUCAUCAUGGCCGAGCGGCAGGACAAGCGCCUGAUUAUCUCGUUUUGUUCCUUCGUGCGCCCCUGGGGGCACCUCCCUCCAAGCCAGCGCCGUGGGGUCAGCCAGGCCUAUGGAGGGGGCUGCGCCUGUGACGUGGUGCCGUGUCGCUCCCCGCCGUGCGAGCUGUCGGGCGAUGCCCAGUGCCUCUGGACCGACGGGCUGCAGGACUGGCGCUGGCAGGGGCCCCAGGACCAGGACCAGAACCAGGACCAGGACCAGGCCUGCCUGCCCCGCCCCAGCCAGGGGGACCCCCCCAGCGCUGGCCCCUUCUGCGCCUGGGAACCCCUCGAGGACAGCUUCGACGAGGCUACAGCCAACUCCCCCGGGCCGUGA